AUGGGACGACUCGGUUUCAGAACCACGGAGAGCGCCCGAAUUCUGCUGCUCAGUGUGUUUGGUGUGCUGGUGCUGUCCGUGGUGCUGGCGGAACAGGAAGGGGAGAACCUGUCUGGUCUCUCCAACAACCCGGACAAAGCCAUCUUCGCGGUGCGGGAGAACGGCACAACAUGUCUCAUGGUGGAAUUCGCCGCGAAAUUCCUCGUGCCAUAUGACGUGCUCGCACUGAACGGGAUAGAUCUGAUCACCGAGCAGGCGUCCUUCACUCUUCCCCGUAGUGCUGAAAUCGAGGGGAAAUGUGGGAGCACGGAGUCAGAGAUCCACAUAACCUGGAAGAACAACGCCUACACUCUCCGCAUCUACUUCUCUAAGGAGUUCCGUGACAAGGGCAUCGAGGUGUGGAAGAUUAGCAAGAUCCAGUUCGUCUACGACACCUCGGAGACAUCGCAUUUCAUCAACGCAUACAACCCUGGGAAGCACACAGCCAGCACCCACCGCCUGUCGGCCCUGGUGACCCCCGCGGGGCGCUCCUAUGUGUGCACGGCACAGCAGACCCUCACCCUCAUCUCUAGUGACCACCAGAAGGGCAUCACUUUCUCUAUGUACGACAUCCAGAUCCAGCCCUUUGACAUCGCCUCUGACUUCAUGUUCAGUGAACCCUACAAGUGCAUCACCGACCAGCGGGAGCGCCUGGAGGAGACCCUCCCCCUCAUCCUGGGCCUCAUUCUGGGCCUCAUCAUCAUCAUCACGCUCACCGUCUACCACUUCCACCUGAAGCUGACAGCAAACCAGCCCCAGCUCCCCAGAGAUCGCUCCAUGUACAAGAACAUGUAG